AGACGUGUAAUAUACGUGUAAUUGCCAUGUUCCUUUUUUUAACAAUGGUGUUUUCUCUUGUAGUUAACGUUGCAAUUAUUAAAUGACGGCGUGUAAAAGCGUGUUAAAAGGGUAGUGGUAACACCGCACAAUGUGAUUGGCUGAUGAGAUGAGACGCUACAUAUGAACAAGCGAUAUGAUUGGUUGUCGCCGGCAUAGAACCACCUUCUUCAAUCGAACUACUUUCUCCUUGAGGCUCACUUUUUUUGUUUACUAUUGUUUCUUUCUCCCCUGUCAUCGCCGUAAUGGACAGUCUUCUUUCGGCAAUCUUCUCUUCGGAAGAGAAGGAGCAGUGUGUGUUGGACUGCAUGGCUUACGUCAUGCUUCUAAUGGCAGCCUUCACAUUUGUGGCUUUGCUUUCUCAGAACGUGCCGUACGGACGAUACUCCACAGGCAGGGGCUUUCCAGUCAAUGUGAAGUUUGCUUGGUUCGUGCAGGAGCUGCCUGCCUUCCUGCUGCCGGUGUGUCUGCUGCUGUGGACAUCUUCUGCCAGAACAUCUCUGCCCGCUAAUCAGCUCCUCAUUGCCAUGUAUUUGUGCCACUAUGCACAGAGAUCACUGAUUUAUCCAUUCUUCAUACGUGGAGGUAAACCAACACCGGUGGUGUCAUUUGUCCUGGCGACCAUGUUCUGCACGUACAACGGCUUCAUGCAGAUCAGAUAUCUGAGCCACUACGCACACUAUCCUGCAGACUGGAUCACACGACCCUGCUUCAUAGCAGGAUGUGUCCUAUGGUGUAUUGGCUGGCUGAUGAAUCUGCACUCUGACCACAUCCUGAGGACCCUGAGGGCCCCUGGAGAGAGCCACUAUAAGAUCCCUCAAGGUGGAAUGUUCGAGUACGUGUCUGGAGCCAACUUCCUAGGAGAGAUACUGGAGUGGGCCGGCUUCGCUCUGGCGGGCCAAUCAGUGCACAGCGCCGCCUUCGCCGUCUUCACCGCAGUGGUCCUCAGGAGCAGGGCUGUGGACCACCACAGAUGGUACCUUGAUAAGUUUGAAGACUACCCCAAAACAAGGAAGGCUUUAAUCCCCUUUUUCUACUAGAAAACCUUUUUUACACACAGUAAUAUACAUAUAGAUACAUAUACGUGUGUGUGUGUGUGUGUGUGUGUGUGUAGGUGUGUGUGUGUGUGUGUGUGUGUGUGUGUGUGUGUGUGUGUGUGUGUGUGUGUGUGUGUGUGUAGGUGUGUGUGUGUGUGUGUGUGUGUGUGUGUGUGUGUGUGUAUAUAUAUAUAUGUAUGUAUGUAUGUAUGUGUAUAUAGAUAUAUCAUAUGUAUAUAUAUAUAUGAAUGAUUUAUAUACAUAUAUGUCAUGUGCGAUAGUAGCAGACCUGCAGAGUGUUUACUUGUGUGUGAUAUCAUGUGCGAUAGUAGCAGACCUGCAGAGUGUUUACUUGUGUGUGAUAUCAUGUGCGAUACAAGCAAUCAUGCAGCGUGUUUACUUGAGUGACAUCCUGUGCGAUACAAGCAGUCCUGCAGCUUGUUUACUUGUGUGUGAUAUCAUGUGCGAUACAAGCAAUCAUGCAGCGUGUUUACUUGAGUGACAUCCUGUGCGAUACAAGCAGUCCUGCAGCUUGUUUACUUGUGUGUGAUAUCAUGUGCGAUACAAGCAAUCAUGCAGCGUGUUUACUUGUGAGUGACAUCAUGUGCGAUACAGGCAGUCCUGCAGCUUGUUUACUUGUGUGUGAUAUCAUGCACAAUAGUAGCUGUCCGGCAGAGUGUUAACUUUUGUGUGAUAUCAUGUGCGAUACAAGCAGUCCUGCAGAGUGUUUACUUGUGUGGGAUAUCAUGUGCGAUACAAGCUGUCCUGCAGCGUGUUUACUUGUGUGGGAUAUCAUGUGCGAUACAAGCAGUCCUGAAAAGUGUUUACUUGUGUGUGAUAUUAUGUGCGAUACAAGCUGUCCUGCAGCGUGUUUACUUGUGAGUGAUAUUAUGUGCGAUACAAGCAGUCCUGCAGAGUGUUUACUUGUGUGUGAUAUCAUGUGCGAUACAAGCUGUCCUGCAGCGUGUUUACUUGUGAGUGAUAUCAUGUGCGAUACAAGCAGUCCUGCAGAGUGUUUACUUGUAAGUGAUAUCAUGCUUGAUAGUAGCAGUCCUGCAGAGUGUUUACUUGUGUGUGAUAUCAUGUGCGAUACAAGCAGUCCUGCAGCGUGUUUACUUGUGUGUGAUAUCAUGUGCGAUAGAAGCUGUCCUGCAGCGUGUUUACUUGUGAGUGAUAUCAUGUGUGAUACAAGCAGUCCUGCAGAGUGUUUACUUGUGUGUGAUAUCAUGUGCGAUACAAGCUGUCCUGCAGCGUGUUUACUUGUGAGUGAUAUCAUGUGCGAUAGUAGCAGUCCUGCAGAGUGUUUACUUGUGAGUGAUAUUAUGUGCGAUACAAGCAGUACUGCAGAGUGUUUACUUGUGUGUGAUAUCAUGUGCGAUACAAGCAGUCCUGCAGAGUGUUUACUUGUGUGAUAUCAUGUGCGAUACAAGCUGUCCUGCAGCAUGUUAACUUGUGUGUGAUAUCAUGCGCGAUAGUAGUUGUCCUGCAAAGUGUUUACUUGUGUGUAAUAUCAUGUGCGAUACAAGCAGUCCUGCAGCGUGUUUACUUGUGAGGGA